AUGGACACAACGCCUGUGACGUUCGAAACUUUUGCAAAAGCAUAUGAAUGUAUCCUGGAAUGUGUUGAAGAUGAAUUUGGUAAACGAAAAAAGCAUUUAACAGCUAAUGAUCUCAAGCACGUUGUUAUAAUCCAUAGAACAUUGACAAAUCGCGGUUUACAUCUCUCUCGAAUUGGAGAUAGCAUAUUAACUGAAAUAGUUGAUUCAUUAUUAUGCGAAUGGGAAGAAUCAGCGCCACCAUCAGUAGCAGUACAGCAGCUUGUUUCACUUCUCUCCAGGCCUAUUAUUAAGAGCUUAUUCUCCGUAUAUGAUAUAACUUCAAAUCGCACCUAUUUGCCACAAUUACCAGAAAUACCGUACGAGGUUGAUGACGAUGAUGGUAUUGCUAUUAAACUGGUUCGAUUGGUAAAAGCUGGUGGAGUAGCUGAUCGUAGCGGCAAUAUUCAGGUUGGAGAUCGGGUUUUGGAAGUGAACGGUGUCUCUGUUACGGGCAUGAGUCCAAAUGAAAUCGUCAAAUUGUUAGGUAACGAAAACAAUGAAAACGGCACAGUCACUUUCAAAUUAGAACCUGCUGAAAUACCUGCAGCUGUUGUAUGGAAUGAAUCGCGACACGUUCGUGCUUUGAUCGAUUAUUCUGGUAGCCGGGACUCCUUACAUCCUUGUCCAGAAGCAGCUCUUUGUUUUACCCGAGGGGAAAUAUUGGAAUUAGUAGUAACAGGUGAUGAACAUUGGUGGCAGGCACGUUCACUCGGACAUGGCUCAUUUGCGACACUACCAUUAGCAUCCGCUGUUAAUCAGCUUAAAAAACGAGUAGGUGUCAUUCCAUCGGAAGAAUUGCAACAAAAACAUCGCACUUUAAGGGAGAAUGAAAAGUCCAGGAUUGGAACUCGAAAGUUUCUGAAAACUGGCAAUGAGAUUGAUAGUUUAUUGUAUGAAUCAGUAUCAUUACUAUAUCCGAAGCAGUCUCUUAUCCGGCCAAUCGUUUUAAUCGGACCCCCGGGUGUUGGACGUAAUGAACUUAAAAAGCGACUAAUUGCCAUCAACAGUGAUCGUUAUGCUACAAGUGUACCUCAUACCAGUCGUCCUCGACGUUCACAUGAAAAAGAUGGUAUUGAUUACCAUUUUGCUAAACGUGACAGCAUGGAACACUGGAUAAGACAAGGACGAUUCUUAGAAUAUGGAGAAUAUAAAGGAAAUUUAUAUGGUACACUUGCUGAUUCGGUUCAUGCUGUUAUCAAACAAGGUCGCAUACCUGUUCUGAAUACACAUCCUUUGGCAUUACGGAUUUUGCGCUCGAAAGUGUUCAAAUCUUUCGUUAUUUUUGUUAAACCACCGCCAUUUGAUAUUUUAAAGGAAACUCGACGUCAGCAUCGUGCACGAAACUUGCAAGCUACAGAUUCUGGUCAUCAUGGUACAUCAACACCAAUAUCAGUUCGCGGAUUUACAGAUUCAGAAUUUGAACAAAUGAUCUCAGCUGGUGAACAGCUUUUUCAGAUCUAUGGACAUAUGUUUGAUCAUGUGUUGACAAAUGCUAAUUUCGAGGCUUCAUUUGAGCAAUUACGAAACAUAGUAAAUAAAUUAGAGCAUGAACCAACAUGGGUACCUUCCGAUUGGGACAUAUUAGUUACCUGUUUUAUUAAGGUGAUAUAUCUUAAACAACAACUCAACCACGUUUCUCAUUUCAAUGUUUUGUGGCUCAAUUUGAUUUUUUAUUGCUUUAUUCCUUCCUGCAACAAUAUUCCAUUUAUAAAUUUUGGUGCUGUUUAUGUUGUUGCUAAAAAUUCAUAUAUUUUUAUUUGUGCUACUGCGCUAUUCAAUGCAUAUUGUUCUAUCAUAUCAUUAGCUGAGUAG